AAUUCCCGAGCAUACGCCUACGUAUAUAUUGUACGACCUUUGGCCUGACGUGUACCGGAGCCUCCAUCUCAAGAGCUGAUCUUAGCUGGGAAAUUCUCAUCUUCUGCAGCUCAAUCGACAAUUUUUUGAUAUCAAGUAAAGUUGGAUUGGUAUCAAAAUGAAGUGGGCAUUUCUUUUUGCAGCUGCUUUAUGCCUGCUUGUGGCAGUUACUGCCGCAAAACCAUCGAAGUCUUCGAUAAAUCCAGACUUGAUCAACGCGAAAGUGGAGCGUACAGUAGACGUGGCUUCUCAGCUCGUGAAGAUCUCGACACUGGUGACUCUGGAAAAUGGUGGUAAAUCGUCAGCGGGGUCCUUCGUUGUUGCCCUUGAUUCUUCUCUGAUUGACAACCUUGCCUUCCUUGGUGCUACUACUGGCUCUGGAGAUGAACAGAGUACUUUGUCCAUGGCAGAAACAGCUGUUGAAGGAAGACCGGAAGGUACCUGUUACAGUGUGACAUUGGACUCUGCAUUGGCUGGGGGUGCAUCCGUAGAUGUCAGCAUCGAAACUGUAUUCACACACAUACUCAGGCCCUACCCAGCUAAGAUCACUCAGAGUGAGAAACAGUUUGUGGAAUUUACUGGCAACGCUUACUUUUUGUCUCCUUACACAACAAAGACACAGACUACAAAGGUGGUCAUUUCUUCCAGCAAUGUGGAGUCAUAUAGCAAGGUGAACCCAGUAUCUCAAAAUGAAGAUAUCAUCACCUAUGGUCCAUAUGAAGACACCGCUCCAAUGAGUGAGGCUGAAUUGAAGGUACACUAUGAGAACAAUUCUCCUUUCUUGACUGUGACUACAAUGACACGUGUUAUUGAAGUAUCUCACUGGGGUAACAUAGCAGUAGAAGAGACCGUAGAUGUGAGUCAUACAGGAGCUGUACUCAAAGGACCCUUCUCCAGAUAUGAUUACCAGAGAACACAAGAUGGAUUCUCCUCUGUCAAGUCGUACAAGACCAUCUUGCCCGCUGCAGCCCGUGACAUUUAUUACCGUGAUGAAAUCGGUAACAUCUCCACCAGUAACAUGGUGGAGCAUGACGAUUACGUCGAACUGGAGCUGAGACCACGAUUCCCUCUGUUCGGUGGAUGGAAGACCCACUACUACAUCGGUUACAAUCUACCAAGCUAUGAAUAUCUCUACACCUCAGGUGACAACUAUAUUCUAAAGAUGCGUUUCUUGGAUCACAUCUAUGACAACAUGAAUGUGGAUGAAGUCGUCCUGAAAAUCAUCCUCCCAGAGGGAUCCAAGAACAUUGAUCUGGUGACCCCAUACCCUGUGAAGCGUAGUGCUGACGAGAAACACUUUACCUACCUCGAUACCAUUGGACGCCCAGUCGUUACCGCCUCCAAGAACAAACUGGUGGAACAGCAUAUCAUAGACUUUGAACUGCAUUACUCAUUCCAGAAACUACUUCUGCUUCAGGAACCUCUUCUGGUCGUAGGAACCUUCUAUCUUCUGUUUGUCACCAUCAUUGUUCUUGUUCGCUUGGAUUUCUCCAUCUCAAAAGAUGAAGUAUCUGAAUCGCGCAUGAAGGUCGCUGGUCUAGUAGAGGAGGUUGCAUCUCAACAAGCUAAACGUGCCCGUCUCACCAAGCGAUAUGAAGAGGCCAUCUUCAAGUACAAGUCCAACAAGGAUGCCAAUGCAUUCCGUGCCACCUUGAAGAAGAUUGAGGGUGAACAUCGUUCAGCUACUGAUGCCAUCAAGGACUUGAUUGCCACUAUCAGCAAGGAGAAUGCUGAUGUAGCAGACAAGAUGAAUGAGGUGCAGAAGUUGAGCCGUCAGCACAAGGAGCUGAUCCAAGCAGCCAUUACUAACGCCGAGAAAGUCAUGUCUGGCAAGUUCUCCAAGAACCAAUACGUAGACAUCGACAAGGCCACUACAGCCAAGCGUUCGGAGCUGGAAACCAAGAUUGAGUCCUUACUUGGGAACCUUUAAAUCAGCUUUAUCAUUCUAGCUUAUUUGACUUUAAACUCUAUUAGAGUGACAUAUGGUCACAUGGUUGAUGUAAUAGUAAAAUUUCUUCUGUUUUUUGUAAAGAGACCUUUCAUGACAUUGCUUCAUUUCUAAAAGAAAAGAAGUGAUUUUCUUUCCGGCAGUAGUUUUAGAAUGAGAGGGUAGGGUGUAGAUUUUUUUUGCUCAUAAGAAUUCACAAAUUUCUGUAAAUAGUAGAGGUGAUGGUGAAUACAAGAUUUACACGAGUAGAAGUAAUGUGAUAUCUUUGCAACCAUUCAUGGUUUCCGAUAAAAACACACAAGUGACAAACA